AUGACUUUGAAUGACAAUGAACACGCUCCCCUCCGCACUUACAGAGGCAACUGUCACUGCGGGGCGUUUGUCUACGAGGCAGAGCUACCCGAGAUCACGACCGUGACCGAGUGCCCGUGCAGCAUCUGCCGCAAAAAGGGCUACUUGUUUGUGAGCACCAACUCCAAGACGCACUUCAAGGUGGUCAAGGGCUCGCUGGAGAGCCUGUCCGAGUACACGUUUGGGACCAAGAUGCUGCACCACAAGUUUUGUUCCAACUGCGGAACGGCGGUACUAGCUACGGUGCCGAGCGUCAAGGUGCCCGGAAAGGACAUUUUUCUGAAUGUGCACGCCAUCCAAAACAUCAACACUUGGCCGCUGAAGCGCACAAUCGUCGACGGAACCAAGAUCGGCUCUCCCUACGAAGAGCCCAAGCAUACCGGGCGUCUGCCGACGGUCGAGGUUGAAGGCGGCCAGCUAUACACGGGCAGCUGCCACUGCGGCAAGCUCACCAUUGCGGCCAAGCUCAAAACGCUCGAAGACGACAAGGACUCUGGCAUGAUUGAAUGCAACUGCAGUAUCUGCGAGCGGAAUGCGUAUCUCUGGGUGUAUCCCAAGACCGACCAGGUCGUCCUCGCAGGCAGGGAAGAGGACGUUGCGCGGUACCGCUUCAACCACGAGAUUCUGGCCAAGCCGUUUUGCAGGACGUGCGGCGUCAGCAUGAGCAACCCGGUCAACGCGCAGACGACGCCCGACGAGGCCGCGACGAAGAUGCCCGGCGCCGACGCGGCGCAGCAGGAAAAGGUGCGCACGCACAUGGAGCGCCAUGCAAAGAUGCAUCCGGUCAAUGUGCGGGUGCUGCACGGCGUGGAUCUGGACAGGCUGCAUGUGAAGAAGCUGGACGGGGCGACGCUGAUUCCGCCGCCGUACGUGAAUCCGUAG